AUGAAGAAAAAUUCUAAAGAACUUGCAUCACAUUAUAAAAAACUUCUUCAAGAUGGUCAUAAUUCUGAUGUAAUUAUUCGCUUUAUCCAAGGAGAGGAUUUAAAAGAGUUCUAUGCACACUCACUUAUUUUAAGAGCGCGCUCUAGCUUUUUUGAUAGUGCUCUUUCCAGUAGAUGGGCUAGGAAACAAGAAAAUUUUUUCAUUAUUGAAAUGAAAGAUGUAUCAAUAAAUACAUUUAAAGCUGUUUUAAAGUACAUAUACACUACUGAGAUUUCUUUAAAUGAAUUAAGUGGUAUUGAGAUUUUGGAAUUUUUAGUGGAAACCGAUAGAUUACUACUUCUUAAUGAAGGGAUUAAUAGAAAAUUAUUUUCUUAUAUAUACGAAAAUUUGGAAGAAAUAAUGCGAAAUGAUGCAAUUGAAACAUUACAAAUUAUUUUUCUAUAUAAUAAUAUAUUCAAGACAUUGUAUGGACCAUGCCUUCAACUUAUAUGUACUUAUCCAAAUAUGGUAUUCGAACAUCCUAGAUUUACUCAUCUAGAUUCAUCAAUUCUAACUCUCAUAUUAAAACGGGAUGAUCUAGGAAAACUAAGUGAAUUUAGUAUUUUAAGUUAUUUGAUUCAAUGGGUAAUUGCUCAACUUCCUACUACUACUCAAGAAAAAAACAUAGAUACCUGGGAAAAUGAUGACUAUAUUGAAUUAAAAAGUGCAAUUAAUGAAUUUAUUCCUUUAAUUCGAUGGUACCAGAUUUCAAGUAGAGAAUUUAGACCGAAUAGACAACUCCUUCAAAAUAUUUUACCAGAAGCUUUGUAUAACAGUAUUUUAACUUAUUACUUAAAUCCUAGUUCUUUGCCAGUGGAAACCGUAAACUUGAACUUGAGACCAAGAUAUGCAUCAGAAUAUGUAUCAUCUGAACCAAAAUACGAAGCAUUUUUUAGUUCAUAUGAGGAUCUUGUUAAUAUUAAUAAAAGUCUAAUUCAAAUUAAUGAACAAUGUGAUAUCAUCAUUCGUGUUAGUAAAGAUACUGAUUUCAAAGAAUUUUACGCGCAUUCACUAAUCUUAUGUGCACGUUCCUCUUAUUUCAAAGCUGCCCUUUCUAAUAUUAAAAAAGAUGAAAGCCCUUUUAUUUAUCCAAUUCAAGAUAUUUCUACAAUUGUGUUUGAAGUAAUUUUAAGAUAUUUAUAUACUACAGAAUUUGAUGUUGAAAAAUUGAAUGGAGCCAACAUAUUAAUGCUUAUUGUAGCAGCAAACAAGAUGGGCCUUGAAGUUAUUCACGAUUAUCUAUUAUUACCUAGUAAUUUUCGUGCAAUGACUUUGAGAAAGCUGAAUGAGGCCAUCUUAGCAAAAUUAAAUUGUGCACAAGUGUUAGAAAUCAUAGAAAAGACUGAGGAGUUAAUAAUUCAAAAAUCAAUUGCCAAUAUAUUAUCAAACAAAACUUUCAUCAAUAAUAUCCUAUACAAAUUUAAUGCGAAUGACAUUUUAAAACUCAUGAGGAUGCCAAAUAAUAUGAAAUCUAGAAAAACUAUUGAUAAUUUGCUAAUGAGUGAUAACUUUAUUAAUAUUAUCCUCGAUAAAUUGGAUAUUGCACAAUUUUUACAAUUUAUGAAAACAGCCUCUAAGCUACAAAAUGAAAUAAUCGUGAAUAAUCUAUUCUCAAAAGUAAACUUAAAUCUUAUAGUGAAUAAAUUUCAUGGUACUGAAAUUUUGUAUACAUUGAUAGAGGCCAAUAUCCUGCAACUUCAAAAUUUAUUUACCGAAAUGUCAAUUUUUAUCGAACAAAAUUUAGAAAAUCUUCUUCAAAAUGACGCAGUUGGUGUAUUAGAAAUGGUUUUUGAAUAUGAUAUAUGUAAAUCAUUCCGUGAAUAUAGUAUCUAUCUUAUAUGUCUCAACCCCAAUGCAUUAUUUGGCAACCAUAACUUGAUUCAAUUGAAUCGUUCCAUUUUAAAUCGAAUACUGGAACGUGAUGAUAUGGGAAAAUUAAGCGAGAAAAAUAUUUGUGACUAUUUAAUUAGAUGGGGAGCUGCACAAAACGAAGAAACCUCUCGAAAAAGCAAAAUGACCUGGACAAGUCAAGAAUUCAAGAUUUUUGAGGAGGUCAUUCAUGACUUUAUUCCUCUAAUUCGCUGGUUUACGCUACCUGCAAAAGACUUUGAUAAAAUUCGGUCCUUUUUAAAAAAUGUCAUACCAGAUGAUUUAUAUCAAAAUAUUGUAGAUUAUUAUCUUGAUCCUAACUUAUUAUCAGAGGAAAUGAAAUCAUAUUCACAAAAAAGAAUUUUACCAUGUACAUUCCUUCUUAAACCACGACACUUUAAAAUUUUUGAAAGUUGGAUUGAAGAACUUAAUCAAAAAAAUAAAUCCUUUGUUCACAAAUUAUUUAAUUCAAAUGCUACAAAUGAGAAGAAAAACCAUUUUAAAGAAAUAACUUUAAAUACUAGACCAACUCACUUUUCAAACAAUAACCUUUAUGAUUUUAUUCUUCUUUAUCGUGGAAGUGAAAAUGAUUUUAAAGCAAAGGAGUUUCAUGAUUCAUGUGACAAUAAAGGUUCAACACUAACAAUUAUAAAAACAUCUGAUCAACGUAUUUUUGGUGGUUAUAAUGAUUCAAAUACGGAAAAUCAUUAUAUUGAGAGAAUAGUAUCAAGAAAUAAUUUUUUAUUUUCUUUUGAUAGUCAAAAUGAUUUUGGUACUUCUAAAUUGGCAAGUGUUAAUAAGAAUAGUUGGGUUUCAGAAUAUCAAUCAGAUUACGGUCCAUGCUUUGGUUGUAAUAAGAAUAAUUUUGACAUGUAUAUUGAUUCAAAACACUUACAUAUUUCUAAUUCUAAUGUGUAUCCUAAUUUAAAAAACUUUAUAUCACUAAAUUCGACUCUUCUUAUAGAGGAUUAUGAAGUUUGGCAAGUAUCUAAAAAGAAAACUAGAUAUAAGGCCCGUCGUUAA